CUCAUCAACUUCAUACCAAACCGAACCGAAGGACCCCACCCAAAAUCACACGCGCCAACCAGAUCAAACCCACCUCGCAGGAGAAGAGAAGCGAUCUACCUCUCCUCGAGGUGGUGGUGAGGAUUUGGAGUUGAAUUGUGGGGAGGGGGACCUCGCGGGUGUUGCCGGUUUGGAGCCCAAGAUAGGGUUAUGAGCUGCUUCGCGGACCGCCGCUGCUACGCCGCCAGCCGCCGCCAGGACGGCCUCCUCGUGUUCAUGUUCUUCAUCUCGAUUCCCAUACGUACUAGUAGCAGUAGUAGUAAUAAUUGUAAUUCCAGUAGUAGUAUUAGUAGUAAUCUCCUGUAAGCGGAGUUCCUCCUCGCGGCUGCGUGUACGGGGACGGGAGGACCUUCUUCCUCUUCGUGUUCAUCUUCUUCUUCUUCUUCCUCUCUUCCUUCGGCUUCGGCGCUGGCGGCUAUGGAUCCCAAUAGCCUCAAAACUGGAGGCCUCUUGCUUCCGACCAUUGAGAGGCAAUGUGCUUCGCCUCCAUCCGUCAUCGUGAUCGGUGGGGGAAUUUCAGGGGUUGCAGCAGCCCGUGCUCUCUCCAAUGCUUCGUUUGAGGUGACUGUUUUGGAGUCCAGAGAUCGCGUAGGCGGUCGUGUCCAUACCGAUUACUCUUUCGGAUGCCCAAUUGAUAUGGGAGCCUCAUGGCUCCACGGCGUUUGUAAUGAGAACUCCUUGGCACCAUUGAUUGGCUAUCUUGGGCUGAAAUUAUAUCGCACUAGUGGCGACAACUCUGUUCUGUAUGAUCAUGAUUUAGAAAGUUAUGCACUCUUUGAUAAGGCUGGCCAUCAGGUCUCAAAGGAGACAGUUGCUAAAGUUGAAGAAACAUUUGAAAGAAUUCUUGAUGAGACAGUUAAAGUGCGUGAUGAGCAGGAACAUGACAUGCCCCUUCUACAGGCGAUUUCACUUGUUCUUGAGAGGCACCCCCAUCUGAAGUUACAAGGGAUAGAUGAUCAAGUCUUGCAAUGGUGUGUCUGUCGGCUUGAGGCAUGGUUUGCUGCAGAUGCUGAUGAAAUAUCUCUGAAAAACUGGGAUCAGGAGCAUGUUCUUACCGGUGGCCAUGGUCUGAUGGUGAACGGAUACUAUCCUAUAAUUCAGGCUCUUGCACAAGGUCUAGAUAUCCGGCUUAAUCAAAGGGUAACCAAAAUUGCCCGCCAAUUCAAUGGAGUGACAGUUACCACUGAAGAUGGAACAAGUUACUCUGCCGAUGCUUGCAUCAUUACAGUACCGCUCGGUGUGCUCAAGGCAAACAUAAUCAAGUUCGAGCCUGAGUUGCCCUCAUGGAAGAGCUCUGCAAUCGCAGACCUUGGUGUCGGUAUCGAGAACAAGAUCGCCAUGCACUUCGAUACAGUCUUCUGGCCUAAUGUUGAGGUGCUGGGAAUGGUUGGCCCAACGCCUAAAGCAUGUGGGUACUUCCUGAACCUCCACAAGGCCACCGGCAAUCCGGUCCUCGUCUACAUGGCCGCCGGUAGAUUUGCUCAAGAAGUGGAAAAACUGUCAGACAAGGAGGCCGUUGAUCUGGUCAUGUCUCACCUGAAGAAAAUGCUACCUGACGCCACUGAACCUACGAAGUAUUUGGUUUCACGCUGGGGUUCUGACCCGAACUCGCUGGGUUCCUACUCGUGCGACCUGGUCGGGAAGCCGGCCGACGUGUCGGCGCGGUUCGCCGCACCGGUGGAGAACCUCUACUUCGCCGGCGAGGCGGCCAGCGCCGACCACUCGGGGUCCGUCCACGGCGCCUACUCGUCGGGGAUCGCCGCCGCCGAUGAGUGCCGGAAGCGCAUCCUGAUGCAGAAGGGCAUCCCUGACCUCGUCCAGGUCAAGGCCUACGAGGAGAUGGCCGGAGUCAUUGCUCCCCUUCAGAUUUGCAGGACCUGAAAAAACUGAACCUGCUCCACCCUGCCAUUGUCAUGGAAUCUGGAUUGAUUCAAUUGCCAUGCCUAUGCCCUGGAAUCUUGAUGAUUCAAUCACUCAUACAAGUUCAAGUUCAUGUAGGGGAUUAACUGCAUGAAUCAAAAUUAUUAAUUAAUAAUUAUGUAAUUGUCAUGUUAUUAUUGAAUAAAUAAAUCGAGAUCAUGCUUGAGAUCUUUGUACUGGGACACAGUUUCAAUUAAUUAAUGCUAGUAACAACCUUGGAGUGAA